UAAGCCGAAAGGAACGAAGGUUAGCUGAGCUCUUUAUCUCGUCCUUUUUUGUCAGGUUUCACACGUUGUGAGGAGGGAAGGAAUCCGCUGAUGACGAGGCGUCUAUGAUCAAAAAGUUGUUACACGGACUCCAUUUAUUUUUUCCCCUUUGCAUCUUUCAAUGAAGUGCUUUCUAAGCUAAGGUGGUUUAGUCUUCUUUCCCCACUCCACAAGAAAAGUACGGGUGCAAAUAGUUUUCUCAGGCUGGAUAUAUAUAUGUAUAUAGGGAGAGAGGGAGGACUUUACCUUAUGCCGGAGCUCUCGUUUGACACGGGUUCCGGGUUCAGGAUUUUUGCGGGCUUCUGGAGAAAUGGUGUUUGAAUUUAUGAGCAUUUAAGUGAAUGAGAAAUUUAAUCAUCCGUUGCCGAUAGCAGUCCUUUAUAUUGUUUCGUUGAGGAGAAGAUGGAGUUUUAAGGUGUCAAAAGGCUUGCUGGAGGGAUUUGGAAGCAGAUUUUAUGCCAAGAUCUAUUUAGAUUGGUUUUCUUCGUAAAGAAAUCUAGUAGUUCAUUGGAGGCAAGUCAGCUUUUGGAGGUGUUUUUGAGAAAAAUCCAAAGAUCAAUGGUAAUUCAAAUGGGUUCAAGAAAGUUGAAUGUGGUCGUGCUGCUUCUUUGUUCUCUGGUGGCGGUUUUAGGUUUCGGUAUGGAAGUCACAGCUCGCAGCACUCAGGAACUCAUUGCUAUCUCUCAUAUUGGGGCAGUAGAAAGACUUUUAGUGGAGGGGGCGAACGACUCAGCAUCUGUGGAUAAUUUGUCAGCUAGAACAGAAAGAAUUGAUCCUUUGGAUGAUUUCAAGAAGUACAAAGGAGGCUACAACAUUACGAACAAGCAUUAUUGGAGUUCGACAAUAUUUACAGGUAGAUAUGGGUACAUCAUUGCAAUCCUAUGGCUUGUUGGGGGUCUCCUUUAUGCUGCAAUUGUAGUUACCAUAAACACUUGCUUCACCAAGAAAGCAAGAAGAGAGAAUGGGCAAUUCCCCUGCUCCAAGAGAUACUGUCUCUGGUCUAUUUUCCUGGGCAUUCUCUUAACAAUCCUAGCAAUAGUUGCUUCUGGAGUAGUACUUGGUGGAAGCUUAAGAUUCCAGUCAAGAGCCCAGUCAACUAAAAACAUCAUUGUAGAAACUGCAGAAGAGGCAUCAGGAACAAUAUACAAUGUAACUGAAGCUGUUGGAGCCAUGCAAAACGUCUCAGAGUUCUAUGGUGGCCCUCAAGCAUCCAAAAGUCUAAAUAAGACAUUAGAGAAUCUAGAUGAUGAAGCUGAUAGCAUACAGAGAACAGCAGUGAAGAAAAUGCGGCUGGUCAACAAGGGCAUCAAAAUAUUGAAAGUGCUUACCAUUGGCACCGUUGUGCUAAACCUGAUUGCCAUUCUUGCUUUGUUAGCAUCAAGGCCUCUCAAGCUUCACCAGGCUCUUUAUUGGCUUAUCAUUCUUUGCUGGUUAUUGACAUUCCUCUUCUGGAUAUACUUUGGGCUGUAUUACUCCCUAGACAAGUUUGUUGGUGAUUCCUGUGUAGCUCUUGAUGAAUACCGGUUGAACCCUGAAAAUAGCACAUUAAGUUCGAUCCUCCCAUGUAAUAAGAAGCUUUCAUCCAAUAAACUUCUACGUGAUGUCGGAGCUGGAAUCUACAAUAUAGUUGAUCAGGUAAAUGCAAACAUAUCAGCAGCGAAGUCAUCGGCUCUUCCAGAUCUAGAAUAUAUCUGCAAUCCUUUCUCUGGACCACCUGAAUACAGUUAUCAGCCAGAAAAUUGUUCCUCCAACACAAUCAAGAUAGGAGAAAUUCCCCAGAUUUUGAAGAAGUAUACCUGCUCAGAGGAUGGUGGUGGAACCUGUAUAUCAGCUAGCGACUACGACAGAGUGCUAGUCUAUACGAGCUCGAUUCAGAAUAUUGUUGAUGAUUUCCCUGGUAUGGAGAAGCUGGUGGAUUGCCAAAUGGUGAAAGAUGCAUUCUCUGAGAUCCUUUCCAACCAAUGCAAACCACUGAAGAAAUAUGUCCACAUGACAUGGGCCGCACUGGCAACUCUGUCAACAAUUAUGGUGGCUCUUGUUUUGUUUUGGAUAUUAGAAGCUCAGCAUGACAAUCGACAACAUUCAACUGAUGGCUCUGUAAAACCCCACCCAUCAUCAACAGACACAGCAGAAGCGGACAUAACUGAGAUUGCAACUAGACCGAUGGAAGUUAAAAUGCAACCAUGACACCAAGUUGCUGAGGAAUAUUGAGAGUGUUCAGCACAAAGCUAAAGUUGGAAGCAUUAGAAAAAGAAAAGAUGCGGUGAGAUGUGGAUGAACAAGUGGAGCUUCUCUUCUUUUUGGAGAUUUGUGAGGCAUAUAUGGGAUUGAGACUGGGAUCCAAAGGAGACCGUCCAACCUAGCCAUUUUUUUUACUAUUUUUAUUUUUAUUUUUAUUUUUUAUUUUUAUUUUUUUGCUUUUCUGGUUUGGAGAAACCAGCCACAACAGAGAUUUAUAUCAUAGGCUGAGAAUGUUCUCUCCUAUAAUUGUAAAGAAAAAUUUCAAGGAAAUUGAAUAAAUGAUUACGGUUAUGUUGCUUGGCGAUUCCAAGUACA